GUCAAUAUAUAUAAAAAGAUGAAAUAAAAAAAUUAUUUAAAUAGUAUUAAAAAAAGAAAAAAACUGUAUAUUUCUCAACCGCCCAAUUGCCGCCAGCACUUUUGACCAUUUUUUCUCUGGGUGACAGAACUCAAGUUUUCAAGGGGAGAGACAGAGAAACAGUCCCCGAUUAAGUCAACCCAAAAGUCAAGCACUCAAACCUUGUUUCCCAGAAGGCUGAUGCAAAUUGCUAUUCCACGGAAUCCUUCUUUAUUGAUAGUUGAUACGAUUUGCCGGGAGGUCCUGUUACAUGACAAGGCUCCUUCUCGAAUCCCAAAAAGAUGGAGCUCCUACAACCCUCCCAUCCGAUCCACCACGGUCCGCUCAGAAACCCCAUUUCUGGGUUCACGCGUACGGUCCGUUUUGGGCACGCGGUUGAUACUAUGUUGACCUCACGGUUGUCGGAGAUCGUUGAAGAUGGUUGCGGGAGUAGGGAAAAGGAAAGGGUAUGUGUUGCUGUCGGGAAGUCUGUGGAGAAAGCAGCAAGCUUGCUUCGAUGGACUUUCCAGCAGUUUGGUGUCAGAGAUGUUUGUUUGCUUCAUGUUCACCAGCCCUCUCCGUUGAUACCCACUUUAUUAGGGAAAUUACCAGCAAGUCAAGCCAAUGAAGAAGUAGUUUAUGCAUACAGAAAUGAGGAGAAGGAGAAAAUGAAGAAGCUUUUAGAAAAUUACAUGAGCAUUUGCGGAAGAAUAAAGGUAAAAGUGAGUGUAAUCACAACUGAAGCUGAUCAAGUUCACAAAGGAAUUAUAGAACUGGUUGAAAAACAUGGGGUUAGGAAACUUGUUAUGGGUGCCAUGCCUGAGAAUUGCAUGAGGAUCAAGAAGAGCUCCAGCAAAGCAAGUUAUAUUGCAAAAUAUGCUCCAUGGUUUUGUGAGAUAUGGUUUGUUAAUAAAGGGAAAAAUUUAUGGACGAGAGAAGCCACUGAAGACCCAAGUUUGUUGCAAUGUGAUAUGAGCAACACAUCAAUCCACACAGGAAGUUUUGGGUCCAAUUCUGCUACUAGCAGCAUCACCCUUCCCUCAGAUUCUGACUCCAAGGAUGAAGAAGAAAGUCUUAACAAUCAGCUUAGAGAAGUAAGAUUAGAAGCUGAGGCAUCAAAGAAUGAAGCAUUUUCAGAGCUAUUGAAGUGCAAAAAAGUGGAAAUAGAAGCUAUGGAAGCUGUCAGCAGGCUCAAAUUUUUUGAAUCUGCCCAUGCUCAUGAAGUUAAACUUCGAAUGGAAGCGGAAGAAGCACUGAGAACUACUGUAAAUGAGCAAGAAAAGCUUGUGGAAGAGAAAGAAGAACUAGAAAGAGAGCUACAGAAGACCUUGAGAAAUAUUGCUCUCCUGGACAGCCAUGCACAGGAAGUAAACUCUAGGUGUGACGAAACUGCUAGAGAAUUUAAACUCAUCCAGGCAUCCAUUGCGACUCUGCAGCAGGAAAAGCAGAAAAUCCGACGGCAGAAAAUGGAAGCCGUGCGUUGGCUAGAACGUUGGAGAAGUCGUGGUGAUGAUGGAACUGCUAAUUGUGAUGGAUUCAUGGGGCUCGUUGAAGAUUUGCCUGGUUUGGCAGAAUUCUCACUGGCAGAUUUGCAAACAGCAACAUGCAAUUUUUCUGAUAGCUUCAAAAUUGGAAAGGGAGGACAUGGUUGUGUUUACAAAGGGGAAAUGUUGGGUAGAACUGUAGCUAUAAAGAAAUUGAAUCCAACUAGCAUGCAAGGGCAAUCAGAGUUUCAGCAAGAGGUUCAAGUUCUUAGCAAGUUGCAGCAUCCUCAUCUGGUGACUUUGCUUGGUCUAUGUCCUGAAGCCUGGUCUCUAGUAUAUGAAUACUUGCCCAAUGGGAGCCUCCAAGAUCGCCUUUUCCUAAAAAGCAACAUUUCUCCCUUGACUUGGAAGAUCCGGGCUCGGAUAGUAGCUGAAAUCUCUAGUGCCCUUUGCUUUUUGCAUUCUUCCAAACCUGAAAAGAUUGUCCAUGGUGAUUUGAAACCUGAGAACAUUCUUCUUGAUUCAAAGUUGAGCUGCAAGAUAUGCGAUUUUGGUAUCUGCAGGUUGGUAACGGAGGAGAGCCUUUUUAGUCCUAGUUUCCGGCGGAUUUCAGAGCCAAGGGGUGCCUUUCCCUAUACAGAUCCAGAGUUCUAUAGGAUUGGGGUUCUCACACCCAAGUCUGACAUCUACGCUUUUGGGCUGAUUAUUUUACAGCUACUGACUGGAAAACCACCAGUUGGGUUGGCAAGUGAAGUGAGAAAAGCUGUAUCAAGUGGUAAAUUAACUUCCAUUUUGGAUAAAUCAGCAGGAGAAUGGCCUUCGUUUGUUGCAAGGCGCUUAGCAGACCUGGGGCUGCAAUGCUGUGAACUCUACAGUAGGGAUAGGCCUGAUCUCAAACCAUCUGUAGUGAGGGAAUUGGAGCAGUUGCAUAUCUCAGAAGAGCGACCAGUGCCAUCUUUCUUUUUGUGCCCCAUCCUUCAGGUAACUUAUAUAACUGAAUCAUAUACUCAAUAUUAUGUUGGUAAUUUGUGGGGAUGGUUAACAGGCUGAAAAUUGAGCUUGAUUUUGGUAUUCUCAUUCCAACCUCAUACUGAGCUAAAUUAGCUCACAUUGGCUGAAAACUCCUGUGGUUGCUCAAUGUCAUUGAGCUAACCAUGGCAAAACAAGCCAGAUUUUGAUCAUUUCCUUUGCUUCACGAGGUACUUUGAGCAUGCUCUGACAAGAAACUGGAUCUUGGAUGGUGCUCAAGAUCCAUCCAAUCUCAAGUUACCGCCUUGAUCUUGACAUGUUUAUACCUUUUUAUUUGUUCCCCUGAGAUUCCCCUAACUUGCUGUAUCUAUAGUUCCUACAUAUGCUGUGUAAGAAAAUUACUAUAUAAUA